AUGCGCAAUCCUUUCAAGCCGAGACAAGCGCCUUCUCAAAGCUGGGUCGGGAGACCGAGGGCUCUGUCAGCCGACGACCCAGUCUUCAAAGACCUCGACGAGGAUGAACGAAAGGGCAUCGAGAGCAGCUCUAUCCGCCAACAACAAAAGACGUCACAAGAGUCAAACAGAGAGUCGCUGAAGCCUUCUGGCUCGGAUAGCGCCGUCUCAGUGGGAAGCGGAUCAUCUUCUCAUCACAGCGUCAGCGCUGAUAUCGGUCAAGGUUAUGCCGCAAUCGCAGGAGCUUUCUCUGGCACCGAUCACUCUGGACAUUGA